UUCCGGCCGGGGGCGCGGCUCGGGCUUGGGGCCUGAGGAGAAGUGGUCGGUGUGUUCGGCCCGAGGGGUGCCCCGUCCCCCCACAAAGCGCGUCUAGUUCCGCUUGUCGGAACCCCACCCUCGGGCCUGCGCGUCCCGGGGCGUCCGUGCUCCGGCCUCUGUCCCGGGGGGUCCCGCGGGGCCGGGGCCGGGACCGCCCGAGGAGCCUACACCGAGCCUCGAUAGUGAGCGGCCGCCGUUCAUAACGUUCUGUGCUUGUAAAACAGCAUUGUGGACACUGGAGAAAGCCACCCACAACUUAGACAGUAAAACCUUGAUUAACCGGAACUCAGCUAACCGGUGUUUUUGUGAGGGUGGAAGGAAGCUGCAGGCAGAAGGCAGGGAGAACUGCCCUCCCACCACCAAGAAGCCUUGAAGUUCAAAGCAAAGUUCUGUGAUUGGUUGCUUCAUCGACUACGAAGAUCUGCCUCUCCAAGUCAGAGAAACUCUGCAUGUGGUCUGGGAACUGAACAAGUUGCUAAAAAAAAAAAAAAGUGGAUUUCUGUGAGCACCUGAGUGCAGAAGACGGGGAAGCUGAGGCGAAGGGCUUCUGCUCAUCUUGGGCCUACCCUUUUCCUAGAGGGAAGUCCAAGAGACCAGGUGAUGGCAACUACUACAAUCCUCCCAACAGCCAGGCCCCAGUGGGAACAUGUUGUUUCAGGGGUUGCUGAACUUCGAGGAUGUAGCAGUCUCCUUCAAUCAGGAGGAGUGGGGGUGUCUGAAUGCUGCCCAGAGGAGCCUGUACAGGGAUGUGAUGCUGGAGAAUUUUGGGAACAUGCUCUUCUUGGGGCUCCCCAUCUCCAAACCUGACCUGAUCUGCAUGCUGGAGCGAGGCGAAGAACCCUGGGGCCUGCGUGCACAAGGAGCUGCAGAAAGAAACUUCCAGAGAGAUUGUCAAGCCAGGACUCAGAAGAAGGAGUUGAUAUUAAAACAGGAAAUUUCUGAAGAAGUCAACUCAAAGGGAGAAAUAGUAGAAAUACUUUUAGGUGGGGUUCCUCAGGAUCUACUGCUUGAAGAAUCAUGUGAGCUUGAGGACCAUUUAGAGAGGCAAAUGGAAAAUCUGGCAGGAGAGAGAGAGGGCCCUUUUCUGCCCCAGCAGAGAAGUUCAAAACAAAUGACAGUUGCAUACCAGGACACUCUAAGAGAAGACAGUGACCAUAUAGUGGCAUAUCACAGGUCUCCCAUAGGAGAGAGACCUUACAAAUGCAAUACAUGUGGCCAAGGCUUCAAACGUAGCUCUGAUCUUAUUAAGCAUGAGAAAAUGCAUAGUGGGGAAAAGCCCUAUGAAUGUAAUGAAUGUGGGAAAGCCUUUAGUUGGAGUUCAGCCCUUAUUCAGCACCAGAGAAUUCACACUGGAGAGAAACCUUAUGAGUGUAAGGAAUGUGGGAAAGCCUUUGGGUGGAGCUCAGAGCUUAUUCGACACCAGAGAAUUCACACUGGAGAGCGGCCCUAUGAGUGUAGUGAAUGUGGGAAAGCUUUUGUCAGAAGCUCAGCUCUCAUUCAACAUCAGCGGAUCCAUACUGGUGAGAAGCCCUAUGAAUGUAAUGUUUGUGGGAAAACCUUCCGUCACAGGCCAACACUUGUUUACCACCAGGGAAUUCAUACUGGAGAGAAACCCUAUGGGUGUAGUGUAUGUGGAAAAGCCUUUACCCAAAGCACUACUCUUAUUGAACAUCGAAGAAUUCACACUGGAGAGAAACCCUAUGAAUGUAAUGAGUGUGGAAAAGCCUUCAGUCGGAACUCAGCCCUCAUUCAACACCAGCUAAUUCAUACUGGAGAGAAACCUCAUAAGUGUAAUGACUGUGGGAAAGCUUUCCGUCACAGGUCAGCUCUUAUUUAUCAUCAGAAUUCAUACUGGCGAGGAACUCUUUGGAUGUAAUGGAAAUGUGAAAGCCUUCAGCCUAUUUCUUGUACAUUAUCACCACUUAUCUCAUAUUUAACCAUGAAGAAUUCACGCCACAGGGAAAUCCAAUGGAUGUGAUGCAUGUAAGAAUGCCUUUCAACACAGGUCAAUUGCUGUCAUUGAAAUUCAGCAUUGUAAAUUAGAUGUUUCCAUCAUAGUGAAGGGAUUUGUGUGUUCCAGUAUGUCCUAAAGCAUACUUUACUUCUCCUUUAAGCAGUUCCUCAUUUGGGUAGCUACUCAGCUCUCAUUCUCAGCUGCUAAGCAGUUAGAGGGUUAUAGUGUUAAUGACCACAUUCCCUCUUUUUAGUACUUACUGGGAACAGCUCUGUUUUAAGCACUCCUCAGGUGUUCCUGGCCUGAUGCAUUUCACAUGUUUCCAGAGCCAUGAGGUCUUGUGCAGCAUUUAGUUCUCCAUUCUUCCUGUUCUUUGCUUUUUACAGUUAUUAGUUUCUUUUUAGAAACCUGUGAUGUGUUCUCUUUCCCUAAUUGGCCAGUUUUCUAAUCUAGACACUCCUUUUGGAAUGGCACAUUGAAUCGACACUUUACAACUUGACUUUUUUGUUUUUUAACAAAACCAAUUACAGUUUAAACAAAAUGAAACCAUCUGAUGCUCAAAUAUACUAGAAAAAUAAAACAGAUCUCUUCUUCAUAUUCGUUAACAAGAGAAUCCUUUAGUAAAAGCACAGAUCUUGACAAACAUCUGAAAAGUCACACCACACAAACGUGAAUGGAAUUAAUUUGUGAGCCUUGUAACUCUAAGAAUUCACAUUGAGCCAACACCAUUAACAACUAUAGGCUAAUAAGCAGGGCAAGUGAGCCCCAUGGAGCACCGAAUUAAGUAUCACGUGAAAAAAAAAAGACUGAUUAAUGCUUGUUGAUUGAUUGCCUGAAAGAGAAAAUUCUUUAAUAAUGUUUUUAUUUUACUCUUGUAGAACAACAGUUGCCAAGGAAAAGCAUUAGAAAUUAGGAUUCAUCCCCACCAAAUCUCUCUCCGUUGGGGAAAUAGGGCAGAAUGCCUUGACUUUACAGUUCCCACUCACAGGGACUUGGAGUCCUAGCAGCUCCUUAUGAUCUGAAAGCAGGCUUGUGCCUGGGACAGGUAUUUAAUACUCAAUGUCUGUUUGGGGCAUAUGAUGAUGAACUCUUGAAAGUAGAAGUCCAGUUGACCUCCAGGCAACUAUGAUGGAAAUACUGGCCUGGGAAGGUUAGGAUCAGAGAUGCAGAUUGUGGAGCCACCCACAAGUGGAAUAAGGCUAAGUAUUCCAAAGCUUUGUGCAUCCAUUUAACUUGAGAGUCAGGCUAUAUGUGAGAGGAACAGAGCCAGCGUUCCUGUUAGGAGCAUACACAUUCAGUGCAGUGAUGUUCCUGAAGGCGUAGGAUUCUGCAGAUGAAUAGAAUAUUCCUAUUUUGGGGGUGUCAAACACUUGUUUCUGAACUCCAGAAAUGAAGCUAUUUGGGUUCAAUUGCAGUAGAUUAAAACCAUAAUUAUAAAUAUAAGGCCAGCCAGAGGAGGAGGGGUGAGGGAGAAAAGGAAACCUGCUAUAAUCGUCACUGUUUAAUUUAUGAUGAACAAUAAAAUG